AUGGAUCGGUCGCGCAUGUUUAUCGAGGAGUUCAAGAAAUCAAAGGCCGACUGGUUGAUGUUGAAGGGAUUACGAUACGACGGACGAGGUCAAGCAAAGAUGGUGGAGAAGAAGGGUGUAGACCAAGUUGCCAUCGCGCCGCCAAGAAUGUGGAUCAUCUCCAAUUACACGUUUGAUCAGAUGGCGUCUCUUUCGUGCGUGGAUGCACUGUGGAAUCCAAUUAAAAAGCGUUCGGUCGCGAUGAUGUUCAGGCUGCGCGAGGAUGACGAGGCAAUGGUCCCUUCGCUUGCACAUGAUGUCAUAAAUAAUGGCCAUAUAGUGGUAACUCACGUUCUACAGAUCUUGGCAUCAGGUGACAGUAUGAAUGUUGUGCGAGACCUCCGCACAUAUGGACACUUUAACAUGAGAUUCGACUCUCGGUGCACCAAGGAGGAGUACGUUCAGCGUGUUGUUGAUCCGUCGCGUCAACUGUUGACUACGUGCCUUCAGCCGGACUCGGGAUAUCUAAUUAACAAACUGAGCUUCAACCACUCAGUAUUUCAGCCGGAAAACCACCACUUAAUACACGAAGGGUGCCUCUAUGUAAACUUGAACUUUGUCAGUGACAUGGGGAGAGGUAUCGCUGUCGCAUGGCGAGACCCGCGUACAAAGGCAGUCCAAUGGAGUGUAUCAAAUCAAAUGGAUCCACGACUUCUACAUUCAAUGCAAAUCCCCAAAUUUCAGGCAGCUGACUACGACGCACUCAUGCGCCACGAGGCACGUUAUCGCGCUAAGCUAUACGUAGCCAAGAAACAUGACAAUCGCUAUGUGAUCGAGUUCCAAAAGUAUCACAGAGUAUCACUCUUUCGCGAUGCAGCGACGUAUCUGACACAUCAGUACUUGAGACCUGACUUGUCGCCGUGUGAGCUGAUUCUGCCACAUAUUCCUGUUCGCGAAUAUUACGAUUUGGAUAUGCGUGGCGAUGCGACAGACUACGACGCCAGUUUGUUAUUCAAUUUUGGAUGCGCGAGAUCCAGAUACUGCACGUCCGUGUAUGGGGACGAAAGUGACAAUUAUCAAGACGUGACAACGCUGACUGCGUCUAGUGACGUCGAUGGAGUGAGCGACACUGUAGACUGGGCGGUGUAUGGGCGCAACCAGAUGUUGCGGGCACCAUACGCAGUAAAACUAACGACGCGCGACGUGGAAGGCAAGCGUACGUACAGCAACAUUGACGGGUCCACGCUCAAGUUAUUGCGUGGCGCAGAGUGCCUUGAGUCAAUGUCCACCACGGCGGCCAUGCAUGCAAGUGUAAUUUGUUGCCCAGGUACAGCCAUCGAUCCUGUUCAUGCGACAAAGCCAGUCCUGGAUGUACCCAAACCUAGUGAGCCGCGUGUGGUAGUACAGACCUGUCCUAAAGAAACAGGGCUGGGGAUGUCGGACAAGUUGUCAACAGACGAAAUUGCUGUCCAUGAAGCAUCGAUCAGAACGCGCUUCUGUUUUGGUCGAUGCCGGGUCAGGGAUAUCCAUAACAAGGCCUGCCUCCCAGUAGAGACGACGCGGGACUAUUUCAGGUUUGCUGGACUUGUGAAAUCCAUUUUUGGCUAUAAGCACGGUUGUACCAUUUUCACAACUUAUGUAGCGCGUUCCGAUUACUACAAUGAGAACGCAGACAAGGUUGAGACGUCGUGGCGUUCACUAUACAGUGAUAUGCGAUUCCAAACUAACGAAGGCACCCUUGUGCACAACAUAAUGAUGCGAAAAUUGAAGGUCGCUGAACUCAAGAAGAAAGGUAUUUUCAAGUAUUAG